AUGGCAGGCGAUGAAGGCAUGUCCGAACAGGAGAAGCAGUUGCGCGAUUGUUUUGCAAAAUUUGACAGCAAUGGAGAUGGCAAAAUCCAGGCGGAUGAGUUCAAAAAACUGAUGUCAAGUCUCGGUGGUUUCAGCCCCAAGGAGAUAAAGCGUCUCUUCAAAGAAGCUGACACAGAUUGCUCAAAUAGUGUGGACUGGAGAGAAUUUCUGUCGUGGAUUCUGAACGGUACGGCUCUCAAAGGAAUGGGUGCAAAAGGGGCUGCUUCCUUUGAACGGCUCCUGAACACGGAGACGCAGGAUGAGGCGAGCUUUGUGGAAUCAGCUCAGAUGGGUCACAACGUGACCGAAUACCUUCGACAAUCUGGGUCGAAAGACAAGAAGUCGCGACAGCGGAAACGAACUGCUGUGAAGGCAGGCUGUGACGAUCUGGGAGUUCCAUCCGACUGGGUUGGACACAGGAUCCAGCUGCCAAUGACGCCCGAUGGUGCACGGCAGCUGUUGGAUCACUUUCUGCAUUCUGGUGCGAAGAGUCCUCUCCACGCCAAGCACGUCACGCACCUCAUCACCCAGUUCGUGUCGGCUUAUUCAGUACGACAUCCCAAGCCUGUGGUGUACACAGACGUCCCGCAGCCAGACGGGAGGUUAGUAAUUGUCGGUGACACGCAUGGUCAGCUUGCGGAUGUGCUGCAUAUUCUGUAUCAUCUCGGUCCACCAAGCGCUCAGAACAGGUAUUUGUUCAAUGGCGACAUGGUUGACCGUGGGAGCCAGGGUGUCGAAAUCCUCCUGAUUCUUUUUGCCUUCUUCCUGGCAGACCCAGAGUCGAUCAUUGUGCAUCGUGGCAAUCACGAGAAUGAGGACAUGAAUGCCCUGCAUGCUGACAACGGUGGAGGAUUUGAAGAUGAGGUGAUGGAGAAGUAUGGCCUUUCCGUGUACCGGCAUUUCGUCAGUGCCUUCAAGGUCAUGUCGCUGGCGUCCGUCAUUAACAAGGAGAUCUUCGUCGUUCACGGUGGGCUGACUCGGGUGAAGAACCUCACCAUCGACUACAUUAACACGCUGCCUUUUCAGGACUACACAGCCCCGCAUCCGAUGUCCAGCAACGUUAAGGAGCAACUUUUCUCUGACCUGCUGUGGAGCGAUCCCACCGAGCACGAAGGGAAAUACAAGUCAGAUCGUGGUGUUGGAAUUAAAUACGGCCCGGAUGUGACGACGAAGUUCUGCAGUCAGAACCGGCUGAGGUUCUUGGUGAGAAGUCAUCAAGUGCCAGAAGAUGGGCGUGGAUUCCAAAAGCAGCACAACGACCGCUGUGUCACUGUCUUCAGUGCCAGCAACUACUGUGGCGAUGGAGGGAACUUUGGAGCGGUGAUCGUGCUCUCCGCCGCCAACUUCCCACGGUACGAGGUCUUUGAGCCCGGGCCUUGCGGCCUUGCGGCAGUCUCCCUCAGCACAGAUGUACAUAACGUCCUGGUUCGCGGUUCCCCUGUCCCCCCCCCCCUGCCAUGGUAUGCCGCCCCCUCCCCCCCCCCCCCUUCCCCCCCAAAACUCCAAACAGGCCAAAACCUUGAACCCUUAACUCUAAACCUCUAA